AUGGACAAAAAAAGUAAAAAGAAAACAGUGAUUAAGAGAAAAAGUGAUGAACCGGUGGAAAGUGAAAAAAAACAAAAGAUGGUGAACCGCGUGAAAAAUGAAGAGGAAAAAGAUAAAGUCGAUGUGCAGGUGAACCAAGUAGUGGAGGUUCCAAUAGAACAGGGGCAGCAGAUCGUCCAUACAGGGCAGCUGGUUGAAGGGAACUUCGAGCAGCCAGUUUUUGUUAACGUGAAGGGAGAACCUGUACAGCUAGGACCUAACACAGUGAUCCUGUAUGAACAAAGUGGAAACCCCUCGAACUUUGCGUUCGGGGGGAUGUGGACCAUGGAUUCUUCUGGGAGAAUUGUGAUGGCGGAAACUAUAUAUGAUGUAAAAGGUGACCCAGAAGAGGAAGGCAGCACUUUCGUUCAAAACACAACAGAAGUAAAUAAUCAAACUGUGGAGGAGACAAGCAAUACAUAUCAACAGUUUGAAAUCAGUAACAAUGCACAGGAAGGUCAAGAGUAUGAAGUAGCGAUCAUAGAAAACCCAGGAGACACGAAUGAAAGGGCAGAGGCACAAGUAAUAUUAACAGAGGCUCAGUUAGAAGCGACGGGUGCAGCCACUGUGCGUUGGUUACAUCAGAAAUGUGAUUAUGUUGUGAGAAAGUUACAGCUUAAUUACGAUGCCGGUGUAAAACUCCUUCACUCCCAGUCUGGAUGUAUACAGUGUGUAUAUCUGACAACACCCAGUAUGCAACUCGCUUUCAAUGCAGUACCACAGUUUCUCUGCAUAGAGACUGGCAUAGAAUUUAACAGCCCAAUCCCAACAGUGGGCAACUCUUCCAACAGCAUUAGUGUCAAGUACAAUGUCACGUUAUUCUUGGCAGAGGAUGGCAAUGGAAAAUCUGUUAUAAUUAGUGCAGGUAUAUCAACGUUAAUCGGAGAGGAUUUGACGUGGUUGUUGGAAACGUUCAAGUCGUGCAAUCCCGCGUGGCGACAGGUGCGCUGCGUUGUGUGCGAUCCCACUAAAUGUCAGGAGGAGGUGCGCACCGCCUUCCCUACGGCGCAUGUAUCCUGCUCGGUGUGGCAGGCCGCGCGCGCCGCCGCCCGCCUGGCCACGGAGGCCGGCGCCCUGGGGGCCUCCGGGGGCCCGGGCGGCGCGGGGGGCGUGGGGGGCGCGGGGGGCCCCGCGGCCGCCGACGUCGCCGCGCGCUGCAAGACCUACGCGCUGGCUUUGCUGAGGGGUGAUCAUACUCCUGCGCAGUUACAGGUAUUAAAGCGCAGCAUAAUAGGCACAGGCGCGGGCACGCUGCGGCUGUGGGAGCUGCUCACGCGCAGCGGCGGCGCCGUCGCGCGCCUCGACCAAUGGCUCGAGCCCGACAACUACACCAACAUACUGCACAAGGGUCUGGAGCGUCUAGUGGCUAAGUUUCAAAGUAUAGUUCGGAGUCAGAUGCAACCGGACGAGUUCGUGUCGUUGUUCUUCAAUGUGGCCAACCAGCUGGAGGACGAGCGACGCGCCUUCGCCAUCAGCAGGCUGAGGGACACUGAAACCCUAAAACAGUCUCCAACUGAUACAAUAACACAAUAUGCCUACAAUCUGAUGAAUCACCAGACUAAGUUGGCGCAGAAGUGCUUGGAUGAUAGAAUUGGCAGAAGACAUAGCAGCGCCGCCAUCUGCAAGUACGGCACCUCGACGCAGGAGUGCUCGUGUCUCUUCAGCAAAGUGUUCCGGCUGCCCUGCAGGCACAUCCUCAUGCUCACCACCGAGCUGAAGGUGAAAACCCACAUACCGUUCGAGCCUCGUUGGACGGUUCAGCACUGUUUAUUCGGUUGUGAAAACGCGAGCAACGCCACGGGAAAUAAUACAGGCACGACAGGCGCAACGUUCAUGGAGCAGGUGGUGGUGGAGACGGACGGACGGCAGACAUUACAGCAACCGCAGCAAAUACACCAGGUGGGUGGUGUGCGGCAACAGCAGUACGUGCUGACCACGCCCGGGCAGCCCGCCACGCCCGUCUCGCAGGUGAUAUUCUGUGGGGGAGGAGUGGGGGGAGUGGGCACGGUGGGGGGAGUUGGGGGUUCGGCACCAGUCAUCACGUCGGUGCUACCCCCCGGCGGGGCGGUGCUCACCCCGCACCAUGCGUUACACCAU